AUGGAUGUUUGUAAGAUACAUGAAAACACCUCCAAAUGCAGCGUGAGCUCCAUGGAGUGCUUCAUGGUCCUCAGCACCCAGGCACAGAAGAUCAGCAUUGCCACGCUCUGCGGCCUCUUUGGGACACUGUGCAUUUUUGAGAACUCUUUGGUGCUCUACUUGAUCUUCUCCUCCCCUGGCACCAGGAGAAAGCCUUCCUACCUCUUCAUCAGCAGCCUGGCCUUGGCUGACAUCCUGGCCAGCAUCAUCUUUGUCUGCAGUUUUGUUAACUUCCACGUCUUUAACGUAACCAAUUUCUCUAAAGAAAUGUUCCUGCUGCAGCUGGGAGGGGUGAACACCUCCUUCUCUGCCUCCCUGAGCAGCUUGCUGCUGACAGCCCUGGACCGUUACAUCUCCAUCAGUCGACCAUCUGAAUACAAGCUCCUGAUGACGAGGAAGAGAGCAUGGAUAGCCCUGGGGGUGCUCUGGGUGACCUGUGUGACCAUUGCUUCCCUGCCCCUCCUGGGCUGGAACUGCUGCACGCUCGACUCAACCUGCUCCGAGCUCUUCCCCUUUGUGGAUGACAGAUAUCUGUCCAGCUGGGUCUGCUUCACCAUGGUCCUGCUGGGCUGCAUUGCCUACGCCUACACACACGUGCUCUGGAGGGCUCACCAGCACGUGGCCUACAUGGAGAAGCACCAAGUGCAGGUGGGAAAGCAAAACACCAGGAUGAGGAUGGACGUCAUGCUGGCCAAGACCCUCGCCAUGGUGCUGACAGUCCUGGUGCUGUGCUGGUCUCCAGCCCUCGUUCUCAUGAUCUACAGCAUCUUUGCCAGGCUCAGCGAUCACCUGCGCAAGGUGUUUGCCUUCUGCAGCACCCUCUGCCUGCUCAAUUCCAUGGUGAACCCCAUUAUCUAUGCCCUGCGGAGCAAGGAGCUCAAUUCCUCCCUGAGGAUGGUCUUUUCUCGGUUCAGGAGGCAGCUGAAGGGCUCUGAGGAAAGCCCAGAAGCAGAGAGCACCCACAGGUCCUCCAUGAUCGAGACCAUCUGCGACGACAUGCACGGAACGUAG